GAUAUCCGGUGCCAGGGAGAUGAGUGCCCAGGGUUGCCGGUUGGACUUGUGGGGUUAAUGUGCGGAAAUGUGCUGACUGUGAAGCUAUUGGAAAAGAUCGGGUUCCCAGGGACCGUUAUCGGCGCGGCUCGACCAUCUGCGUUGUUAAAAAUCGAGAGGCUGAUUCUUGAAGCUUGAUAUUAAUGUGCAAGAGCAGUGUGCGUACUUGAGUAAAAGCAAGAUGACUGAGGUUCGACCAAGCCCAGCUGCAAUGAAUCACAACAUGAGCUCCAACUCCAUUUCAAGUCUAAAAACGACGCAGCGGGGCCAGACUCUGCUGCGCGAGCUCGACAACCUGUCCCUGACACACCCGGACGAGUUCCGGGAGCGGCUGGGCGCGCUCAAGCACAAGUACCAGCGCAGCGAGCAGCAGCUGCAGGAGCUGGUCUCCAGCCACCAGACCGAACUGCGCCGCGCCAUGCAAAUCUACGAGAAUGUCUCCGGCCGCAUCACGGCGACGCGCGCGCGCAUGCGCACCGUGCGCGAAAACCUGGUCAACUGCAAGAUGCUGCUGCACUGCAAGCGCGACGAGUUGAAGAAGUUGUGGCAGGAGGGCAUGGAGCACAAGCACAUGCUGUCGAUCCUGGAGAGUGUGGAGGAGCUACGCGGCUUGCCGGACGCCGUGGGCGUGCACGUGCAGCGGCGCGAGUUUUACCGGGCCACGCGGCGGCUGACGGCCGGCGUCGCCCAGCUGGACGGCCAGCUGGCCGGCAUCCAGGCACUGCAGGAAGUGCGCGCCGAGCUGGAGACUCUGGCCGACGGCCUGCACGAGCGGCUGACUGACGAGCUGCAGCGCCACCUGUACCAGCAGAGCACGCAGGCGGCGCUGGCGGCGCUGUCGCGCCACGGCUCCGGGCGGGGCUCGGGCCGCGUCGGCUCCGAGCGUGGCGACGAGCAGCGCAGCUCGGGCCGCUCGUCGGCGCGCGAUCGCGAGCGGCGUCCGCUGCUGGACAUUUCUGGCCUGCUGGGCGGCCCGGCCGGCGGCGAGGAGGAGCUGGAGGCUCUGGACGGCGGCGACGGCCCCAGCCACCCGGCCGUGCUGGUGGAGUGUCUGACGCAGCUACAGAAGCUACCGGACACCGUGGAGGCAGUGCUGUCGCGCAUGGAGGCCGAGCUGCUGUCUGUGGUGACGCGCACGUCGCAGCUGCUGCUGGAGCAGCGCGCCGUGCAGGUGGUGGCGCCCGUCAUCGGGCCGUCGCUGGUGCAGCCGGCCGACGGGCCGGCGCUGCUCGCCCAGCUGCUAGACGCCGUGUCCGAUCAGUUCCGCGCUGUGGCAGCUACCCACGAGCGCGUGCUGGCCGCCUUCCGACGCGCCGCCGCCAGCCGCGGCCUUGAUACGAUCGUGCUCUACAGCAUGGACGACGUGUGGGCGCGCAUCCAGGACGUGCUGAAGCUGGUGACAUCCGAGUAUCUGGAUGUGCAGCGGACAGGCACGGGCGCUGAGACACCGCUGACGCCGCGCUCCGAGACUGUAGCCGAGCUAUCCAGCCACUUCGUCCGCAAGCGGCCGCAGCGCGUGCGCACCCGCCAGCUGUUCAACUUUGACGCGUCGUCCACCAGCCUGAAUAUGGGGGCAUACCUGCAGGAGAAGGCUCGCCUGGAGCGCCAGCGGGUGGAGGGCGGCGCGGUGGCACUUCUGCACUCGCCGGCCGAGCGGGCGCUGCUGGUGCCGGCCGACCCGCUCAACAUUACCAUCCUGUACCCGCCGCUGAUGCGGCUGGCCGCCGAGAUCGAGGAGAAGCUCGGCCAGUCGUCGCACUGUCCGCUGCACGCCUUCAUCAACGACUACAUCGGCGAGGUGCUGCUGGGCCAGCUGCGCGCCGAGGGUGCGCUGUUGGCCGAGACGCGCAUGGACGGGUGGAAGACGCUGCAGGAGCCGACGGAGCUGGCCCAGCUCGGCGCCGCCAAGCCGCUGCUGCAGUCGGCCGUCCAGGUGCGCCACUUCGUCGCCUCGCUGCGCACGCUGAUGACCUCGCUGCCAGACUACUGCAACCACUUCCUCUCUAUCAUCUGCGGCGUGCUGGUGCAGUACAAGGAGGCGUGCGGCUCGCAGUACCGCGGCGUCACGCAGGCCGAGGACGGCCGCACUGUCGUCUCGGCCCAAUGGGCGCACGACGACGACAUCAGUCGCUUCCUGCGCGAGCUGCCCAACUGGCUGAACCAGAAGCAGGGCGGCGCGGCGGCGGCCGCCGCUGCCGGCGCGGAGGACCUCUCCGUAGAGGAGUCGCCUGAGGAGGUGCGCGAGCGCAACCGGCGCGAAACCGAGAUCCUGUCUGGCAACCUGGGUGACGGUGACAUCGGGCCGGGAGAAACAAUCGCUGACGUGCAGCUGCUGCGCCAGCUGGCCUGGCUGCACGAGAGCCUCGAGUGGCUGGGCGGCUACGUGCAGAACAUGGCGGCGGCGCUGGCGGAGUCGGGCGCCGUGCCCGAGUCGUCGGCGCAGACUCUGACGCAGCUGGGCCGCGACCUGGAGGAGCUGGCCGACAGCAGCCUGCUGGUGCUGCACCUGGAGGUGCGCGUGCAUUGCUUCUUCCACCUGCUGCCGCUCACCCGCCAGGGCCAGUUUGCGCCUAACCUGGACAGCUCCGAGCCUGACCCGGAGGUGAUGAGGCUCAACCGCGACCUGGCCGCCAUCAUGGAGGCGCUGCAGUCGGCCCUGCGCAAGCGCAAGCUGCGCUACAUCUUCGAGGGCCUGGCGCCGCUUGUCUCCAACCUGCUGAUCUCGGCCGUCACGCACAUCACACGCAUUAAUGAGAACGGCGUCAAGAAGAUGGUGCGCGAUAUCCUGAGCCUGCAGCAGAGCAUGACGAACCUGACGAUGGCGCGCGAGGUGGCGCUGGACCAUGCGCGCACCUACUACGAGCUGCUGCUAAAGGACUCUGACGAGGUGCUAGCGGGUGUUACCGAGCGCGGCGCCGCCUUCGCCGAGGCAGAGUACGCGGCCGCACUGGAGCUGCUGCACCGCAGCCAGCCGGGCGCGCCCGCCAUGAAGCUGCAUAACACGCUGGAGCGGCUGGCCGACGUCAUGUCGGGCGCGCUGGCCGCCGGCGCGCAGCACGCAUUCCCGCCCGAGUAGCAUCGCCGUCACGUGGCACGUGGCGUCACAUGGCAUGAUGCGCAGGCCGACCAGCUGGCCUGUGCAUGGAGGAUAGCGUUUUUGCUCGAAGUAGUGCAGGCCGAUCCCAAACACCGUCAGGUCGGCGUAGGAUGUAUGUUAUUGUUUGCAAGCACUGCCUUUCAGCAGUGCGGCGUUCGUCGGCUCCUAUGUACGUUGUACGUUGGUUCGUUCGUCGUGUGUGGUGUCUCCGUAGUGCUGGCGACUUCAUAGCUUGUAAACGACGGCCUUACGCGCAUUAUUCCAUGCUUGAGGCUGGUGUAUCGGUGUAAGGGCGUGUGCAGCUGUUUGUCACGCGGAUCCGUGUAUCACAGCAGCUGCUAUUAGCUGCUGCACGAGGUCACGGUGUAUAUCUGAGCACCAUAUUGAACCACCGUCUGGAGGCGCAUACGCUGCCUCCGCCGGUUCAAGAUACGAGUUUGAAGAAAGCUGGUCUGGUAUGACUUCUAUUUUCUCGCAUCCCUGGAAGACCAGACAUGGUGUCCCGCAGCAAGGUUGUUCCGUUUCCUCUGCUGUUUGGCGGGCACGCCCGUGACAUCUCGGCCAAUUACAGAGCGGAUAGAAGACUAUACAAAUGCCUGCCCUCUCGCAGAAAAGGAAGGUUCGCCCUCUAAAUUUGGUCGGGAUAAGAGCAGCCCAGUCAUCUUAAAUGUUGGGUACUGCACGCUGUUGUGUGUUUUCGGGCCACAUGCUCUCGCAAACUAAGUGUUGAUUGUGCGGAGGAAUUGUGCAUCUGAAAUGUGCUGUUAUCGUCCUUUGUUUUCUGCUAUGGCUAGACUGUUCAGCGGUUGAAUGACUUGGGUAUCUUGUAUUUGCCUGGAACCGCGUACUCGGUCGUAGAUGUGUCUUCUGAUCUGUGAAACAGUAUGAUAUGAACCGUGCCAGAUAUGCCCACGAAAUUUCCAGCACUUGUCCAGCAGUGAAUUUGGCGCAUUUUAGCAAUGUUUGGUAUGGUCGAGGAAUUUAGUGUUCCUUUGGGUUUCAGAUUCUUGACACAAUCGAUGGAAGGUAUCGGCUGUCAUACGUUACAAUGCUAGAUCGUUUUAUGGAAGAAGAUACUGCCAGGUCAAAGUAUAAAUGGGGCAAUUUCUGUUCGGUAAAACAGGUUUCUAAACCUCUUUCAAACCCGUGACCUGUUACGGAUUAAGAUUUUCUCUGAGACAGCCGAGACCUAUUACGCCCGGCCCGUGACGCUUUUUUCGCGCAAAAGAUGGUUGCUUUUUGCGGCGGAUUUCAGAGAAUAUGCAUGUUGGUGUGGCAAUCGUGAUUGGUUGUGCAGGGCCCCCGAAGUCGUCAGUCUCUGGAAGGUUUAAGGGGGGGGGGGGGGCACGGUCUGAUUUAUGAUUUAAUUGACUUACAGAUGUGGACAAUAUCUUUUGAAAAAAAUAUGAAACUGUCGAUUAUUUUUCGAACUUCUCCGGUCCGACAAUCAGAUCCUGAGAAAGGCUGUUACAACCCCCGGCCCCAGGCGCUCGCGUCUGACAAGACUACUAUAGAUUGCUUAAGAUUCACUGACGGUGUUUGGGAGAGUACUGUGUGGUCUUCCGUUGGCCAAGCGCUCGUUAUCUCUGGACGUUCGUUGUGCUUUACUGCAUGCAUUUAUUGAAACCCAAGAGCUAAUAAAUACAAAACGACGUUGUUUUGUUGCCAAGA